GAGCAUACCUGCUGGAAUUCAUUAAACGUUUAACUGCACAAGCCGACGUACAGCAGAGACCCGAGAGCUCCGCAUAAAGCCCCCCAAACAAAAAAAUAUCCACCGUCUUCUCACACGCACGCACACACGUGAAGCUCCACCAGCCAGCAAUAUGAAAUUCUUAGUCACCGUUGUCGCCGCCCUCUCCCUGUUCGUGGCCUACGCCGCGGGUCAGCAAUACUUUCUGGGACAGUUUGGACCUAGCCGGGCCAGGUUUGGCUUCGAUCCUCUAACACUGGCACAGCCCUCAUCCGCCACACAAGUACGGGAUCCCCGACAGAACAGAGGACCCGUUGUAUUCCCCCCAUCUCCCCCAGAUGCAGUGGAUGAGUCCAGCGGUGUGGUCGUUGGUGCCUCCGGAUACGGAUUUGUGCCGCCCCAGCAAAGAAAACGCUCUGGUUAAAGUAACUAAGUAACUCCCCCACACACCGUAUGCCAGUAAUUAACGCAAGCUUUAGACCAACAAUACAAAUACAAAAUAAAAUAAUAAAUAAAUAAAACAACAGCAACAACACCAAAAAAAAACAAAACAAACAAAAUAAAAAACCCAAUACCAACACCAACACCAGCACACCUCUUGCACUCUUGCACCUUGCACACGAGCACCGGAAACGGAAAUGCGUCCCUCUUAGCUAAUUACAAGCACAAACACACACGUCGCUAACCACCCGCAAAAAAUAACUAACUCUGCACACUAUCCCCUAGCUACUCCCCCCCCCUCAUUAAUUAACAUUACUUAGUUUAAUUAGCUUGAAAACUAAAUGUUAAUUUACAAUAUUAUUGUUUUAUGAUUUUUCUUAUGAUUUCUGCUUCUUAAUUGAUUUAUGAUUUAUGUUUCAAAUUGGAAUUGUAUUAUGAUUUUAUAAUUUUUAUUUUACUUUUUACUUUAUUUUAUUUUAUGUAACAACAAACGAAAUUUAAAUUAUGAAUAAAACGACGAAUAUAUUAUUAAAACCAAAAAAAAAGAAAAACAAAA